AUGUUCAAGUCCUUCUGUUUACAGCAUACUUCUCUCACCCAGGAGUCAUCAUCCAAGAUGGGAGUUCUUAUGAACUUUCCGGGACAUCUUAUUAUGGCCAAUGAAAGGGAUUCCCUCGCCCUCGAGGACCCCCAAAAAGGAAUUCUCCGCGUUGAAAGCUAUGAUGCCGAACGACUUCGAUUCUUCAUCCACGAUGAACACGAAAAUACAAUGAACGAAUGGGCAAGAUACCAUGAUCGAAGGGAACUGGGAGUGGGACCGACACUUUUUGGAAACAUCGCGGAAGCGAGGACCUGGGUCGCUCAACGAGCUCCAGCAAAAAUUGUGGACGGCGCUUGGCUGAGCCAUAUACACAAAAUAACCACCCCUUUUGCACUCCGCGGAGUGACCAAGGACGCAUGGCAGAUAUUGUCCGAAGAGCUUGGUGACGGAGAUGUCACCCGAAACCAUGACUUGGUUUAUAACCAGCUUCUGAAAGAGAUUGGAUGCCCCCUGCAAGACCCUCAAAGCCACGACUUUAUCAAAUCAUCCAAUUUGAAAGCAAUGGAUGAUCAGCGCUCCUGGAAAGGCGCCGUUGCCCAACUUCUCAUCUCACUCUUUCCCAACGAGUUUCUUCCUGAGAUCCUCGGGUUCAACAUGCAUUACGAACUUAUCAGCUUGGAAGCACUAAUGGCUGCCCGCGAGUUGAAGGAACUUGGCGUCAACCCUUCCUACUUCCUCCUCCACAUCUGCAUCGAUAACGCGGAUUCUGGACACACUGGAAUGGCGUUACUAAAUGUGAUUGAUUAUCUCGAAUUUAUAAAAGCGACUAAAUCACCAAGCGUUCUCGAGGAACAUUGGAGACGCGUUCAGGCCGGGUACACAUUAUCCCAAACAUUGGCCGUGUCCCCUUGCGACGGCAACGGGUUUUCCGAGUCGGGCAUUCAAGCCUCGCGAUGUGUCAGUCAAAUAGUACCGACUGAUUCACUGUCUCGUCAAACUAUUGAGAUUUUCAAAAGCAAGUCCACCGUCUCGCCCAAGUACCAUUGCCAAAGCAAAGUGAAGAUCGGAAAUCGCACACUGGCCGAAUGGCUUGACUCUAGCUUAUGGAAGCACGAGGAUGAGCAGAAACAUAUAGAAGCUUUUGGAGGCGCUUGCCCAGAAUUAUCUUGGGGCGGACGAAUGUUCGGGGCUUUCACGAACGAGGAACUGGAUGCUCUCAUUGCAUGGAUUGACCUCCUUGGCCCAGAAAACAGCACCUGGUUGUAUUACAGAUUCACCUUCCGAGUAGCGGUGGCCUCUAGAGAUGUUGUAGGCGGCCUCCAGGAUCCGGCUUGCCAUCAUCCAACCCUGGCAGCUCGGAAUGCGGACGAGACAAUUAACGGCGCAUUCAUGGAGGAGCUCCCAAAUUGCCGUUUGGACGCAGAGUGCCCAGCUGGAAAAUUACCUUUGAAUCCACCUUCCAAAUCCCAACUGCCGGAUAUCGUGGCACUCUGGUUUGCCCACAUCGGUCUCCUGGAAAAUAUGAUCAAUGUACCCGCUCGAACUGCCACCUCGCUUUACUCAAGUAUCUUACUUGCUCUACGGGCCCAAGCUGGCUUUGCGAUAGAAGCACAUAUUCCAGCUGGCAUGGCCGAGAUAAGCCGUCAACCAGGCUAUAGUCUUGUUGACAUCGGCCUCGAAUUGAUAUCCAGCGGUCAAUGGAUCAGGGAUGCGAACCCAUCAUGUCUGAAAGAUGUGUUUAUUCUCGCUAGGAAACAAGGACAAAGUGCGGAAAGCAUCGAACUAUCUGAUAAUAUGCUUCGAUGGGCAAAUCGCCCCGAUGAAAAGUUUGGGCUUCUUGUUGGUCUGGCACUGGCAUUCCUGGGAUUGAAAGAGGCUGUUGCUAGGUCACAUGAGUUGCUCAGCGAGGAAAUUCAAGCUGCAUUGAAGGUGAUCGUCGAAAGGGAAGAAAAGAGUUUGUUCAGCUGCAUGCAAGAAAUUGAAAAUACCGAUGAUGGGUGCUAUAAAGACAUAGAAAAAGGCUAUUGCCUUGGAAGAUCGGCCCUAGAGAAAUUAUUGGGAAAGACAGCUGGGGACACAAAUACAUUGGGGAUGUGCGCCGCUUAA